AUGGAGCCAGCACACAACACUGAUGCCCCGCAUGAGGGCAAGGCGACGGAAGGCCCUGAAAGCUCGCAAUACGACAUAGUCUGCGUGGGCUUCGGUCCUGCAGCACUCGCCAUUGCCAUUGCGAUGCACGAGCGAGGAUUCUCGAGCAAAAAUGUGCUGUUUCUCGAACGUCAAACCGAAUUCGGCUGGCACACUGGCAUGCUCCUCCCCGGCACGAAGAUGCAAAUAUCCUUCAUGAAGGAUCUGGCCACUAUGCGCAAUCCGCAGUCGCAUUUCACGUUUGUGAAUUAUCUUCAUAAACACAACCGGCUUGCCAAUUUCAUCAAUUUGUCUACGCAUACUCCUUUCCGCGAGGAGUUCAAUGACUAUAUGAAGUGGUGUGCGGGGCAUUUCACGGAUCGAGUACGAUAUGGCCAGGAGGUUUUGGGGGUGAGCCCCGGGAAAACUUCGUCCUCUGGGAAUGCGGUUGAUUGUUUCUGGAUCAACGCUCGAGAUGUGCGAUCGGGCGACGUGCAGCGUUUCUGUGCUAAGCAUGUGAUUGUGGCUAAUGGUGGGGAGUUCUCCAUUCCAGAUGGUCUGCAAAACCCGGAUUUCAGUGACAGGAUAAUUCAUUCUUCUCAGUAUUUGAAAAAUGUUCCACAGAGGUUUCAAAAUGACAAUGCCGAGUACAGGUUUGCGGUUGUUGGAGGAGGUCAGAGUGCGGUCGAGAUCUCCGAGGACUUGCAAUCUCGAUAUCCAAAAUCUCGCGUGUCUCUUAUUUUCAGAGAUUCGGCUCUUCGGCCGAGUGAUGACAGUCCAUUCGUAAAUGAGAUUUUCGAUCCCACCAGCGUUGACGAGUUUUAUUCACUCGACGAGAACAAUCGCAAACAAAGCUUGAAAAAGAACAAAGCUACAAAUUACAGUGUUGUUCGGCUGCCCCUGAUUGAAGGAAUCUACGAAAAGAUCUACCGGCAGAGACUCCUCAAACCAGAUCCACGGGAUUGGACACUGUCACUCUUGCACAAUAGCGAGGUGACAGGUGCCAAGGUAGCUGAGUUAGGGAAUGCUUUAAAUCUCAAACUGAAGGACACAAUCACUGGAGAGGCAAAACUUACAACGCAGGCGUACGACUUGGUGGUUGUAGCAACAGGCUACCAGAGAAGGCCCUUCGCCGGGAUAUUGAAGGACGUCAAACCGCUCCUGCUUUCUGGCUCAGAAGAAAGUGGAUAUCAGGUGCAAAGGAACUAUCGUUUGCUGUUCCGACCUGGUUCAGUGGUGCGUGAUGCGGCUAUUUGGUUACAGGGCUCUUGCGAAACCAGCCACGGAAUUAGCGAUACUCUCCUCUCUAUCCUUGCCGUUCGAGCAGACGAAUUGGUCGACUCAAUCAACGCCAGCAGAAAGCCUGUGGAGCAUAAAGCCAGGCUGUAG